GAAAGGGUGUGGAGUGCGUCAUCAACCUGCGACUGAUGUGUUCCCUUCUAUCUGGUUAGAAGCCGGGUUUUCCUUAAAGGAUGCUCGUGUUGGUGACAUGGCAGUCUCAGAGUUAUUGAGUUAUAUUUCACAUUAAGUUUGUCUUCUUAGUGUUUUAUUAAUUUUAAUGAUGGUGACGUUCAAACGAGCCAAACAAGCUAACACUGUGUGUGCUAAGCUAACAGGCUAGCCUGGUUUGUUUACAUUGCUGAGCUGGUUUCAGUGAUUCAGUGAUUCAGUCAGGAAGCUCUCAGCUCUCUGCUCGGCUCCUCUUUCAUGCUCCUGAAGUGUUUAAAGGUCAGAAAUGAGGGAAAAUAUCCUACAAAUAUGUUUUCUAAAGCGAUGGCAGUGAAAUCCAAGAAGGCAGGAUGAGUGAGUUCAGGCCGGCGGAGCUGCUCGCUGGCUUCUGUCACACGGACGAGCAGGAUCCGUUCCCCGUGUGGCGGGAUGGACGCAUCGGCCCCUGUUUUAACCAGCUGGUCCUCGGAGCGCUGCCUCAUGCAGGGAUGGCUGUUUUCAGUGCCUGCUACCUCAGCGUGGCGAGAUGCAACCUCCUGGGGUCGUCUCCUCCCUGCGGUUGGACGCUCAGGUUGGUGUCCGCCAUCCUGGCUGUGCUGCUCUUCACUGCAGACGUCGUCCUGGUGAGUCUCCUCCGGCAGGCCGACAUGUACCUGGACGUCCUCGCCGACAGCUGCGCCGUCCUGGCCUGGCUGGUCCACCUCAGUGCCAUCGCGGUGCUCCAGGGGACGGCGUACAAGAGAACCAGAGGACCCACGAUGCUGCUGCUGCUGGUGCUCCUGUCGGUCCCAAACCUGGUCUUUACUUUACUGGUUUACUGGGAUGAUCAGGAAUAUCUGGACCCCUCAGAACCUCUGAAAUUUGCACGCUUUGUCCUCGCCUCAACCCGGGCGUUCCUCCUUCUGGUUUAUCUUCUCGCCUUUGCGUUCCCGUGUAUCAGUGGCGCUGGAUAUACUUUGUACAUCAACACCGUGGAGGGAUCCCCGCUCAUCACGGAGAGAGACCAGAUGGACACGGGUGAGAUGGUGGCCGAGGACGGGAGCAGCGGCUUGUCUCGGGUCUUCUACCUGUGGCUGACUCCUCUGCUCAGACGAGGGCAGCGAGGGGAGCUGGACAGACCGGCCGAUGUUUACCACCUCCCGCGGAAACUUCGGACUAGUGUGGUGUGUCGUUACUUCCAUCAGUGCUGGGAGGCCUGCAGACGAGGGGGGGCUGUCAGUGAAGGGCAGGAUCAGUGGCCCAGGCCGGUCAGCAGGAACCUCCUGAGCGGCACCUGGAGCUCUCACUACCAGGAGGAACCUCUGGAGCUGGAGGGGGAUGUAGGACUGCUGAGGGUGCUGCACAAGGCGUUCGCGCUGCGGUACUACAUCCUGGGUGUGCUGAAGGUGACGGUGAACUUGAGUAGCUUUGCCGGACCCCUCCUCCUCAGCAGUCUGGUGAACUUCAUGGAGGACAAGACCGCUCCAGUCAGCUGGGGGGUCUGGUGUGCUCUGGGGCUCUUUGCCUCCACUGCUCUGGCUGCCAUCCUCAGAAACAUCUUCGAAUUCGAGGUGUCCAAGGUGGCGCUGUCGGCCCGCGCCGCUCUGGUGUCAGCCAUCUACGCGAAAGCCCUGCGGGUCAGCGGCAGCAGCCUCGCCGGCUCCUCUCUGGGCGAGGUGGUGAACUUGAUGAGCACGGACACGGACCGCGUGGGGAACUUCUUCAACAGCUUCCACGAGCUGUGGAGCUUGCCCUUCCGCUUCAGCAUCACCCUGUACCUGAUGUACCUGCAGGUGGGCAUGGCGUUCCUCGGAGGGCUGUGUGUGGCGCUCCUGCUGGUGCCUUUCAACAAGUUCCUGGCUUCCCGUAUCCUCAGCAACAACAAGGACAUGCUCAGACACAAGGACAGCCGAGUGAAGUUAAUGACCGAGGUUCUUUUUGGGAUUCGCGUCAUCAAGUUCUACAACUGGGAGUCUCACUUCACUCAGAAGGUCUCAGAGUGUCGGAAACAGGAGCUGUCCCACCUCAAAGCCCUGAAGUACCUGGAUGCACUGUGUGUUUACACCUGGGCCGCUCUGCCUGUGGUCAUCUCCAUCCUCACCUUCUUCACCUACGUGCUGAUGGGACACCAGCUGACUGCGCCUAAGGUUUUCACCACGCUGGCUCUGGUGGGACAGUUGAUCAUCCCGCUCAACUCUUUCCCCUGGGUCCUCAACGGCAUCCUGGAGGCCAAAGUGUCUCUGGAGCGAAUCCAACGCUUCUUCAAACUCACCAACCAGGACCUGCAGGCGUACUACGCCCUGGUGACUCCUGAAGACAGUCAGACGUCCGUCCUGUUGAGUCAGGGGAAAUUUUCCUGGCAGGGACCCGACGCUCCAAACCAAAACAACGAGCGGGAGAGCGGAAGUGGAUCUGCUAAAGGGAGUCUGCUGCUGCACAGUCUGGAUCUACACGUAACAAAGGGCUCUCUGGUCGUGGUCGUGGGGAAGGUCGGCUGUGGGAAGAGUUCGUUACUGGCUGCUCUCACCGGAGAACUCAGCAGGCUGAGUGGAGUGGUGUACGUCGCAGACAGAGAGGUGGGUUUCGGUUUGGCGUCUCAGGAGCCGUGGAUUCAGAACGCGUCGGUUCGAGACAACAUCUUGUUCGGGAAGGUCUACGACUACGCCUUGUACCAGGCGGUGAUCGAGGCCUGCGCUCUGUCAGACGACCUCAAUGUUUUGCCGAACGGAGAUAGGACAGAAGUCGGGGAGAACGGAGUGACCCUGAGCGGAGGACAGAAGGCUCGCCUGGCUCUGGCCCGAGCUGUUUACAUGGACAAAGACAUCUACCUCCUGGACGACCCGCUGGCGGCGGUCGACACGGAUGUGGCCGAGCACCUCAUGAAGAAAUGCAUCAUGGAGCUCCUGAGGGGAAAGACCAGAAUCCUUUGCACGCACCGCAUCGAGUUUGUGGACAAAGCCGACGUGCUGGUGCUCAUGGAGAACGGGACCAUCGUCAAAACAGGCACACCAGCAGAAAUCCUUCCUCUGGUGCAGGCAGUGCCGAAGAAACGGAAGAAUGACCACAACAUGAAGGAGAAAGAUGGCUUGGAGCAGGAGGAAGAGGAGCAGAGUUCAUCCCCUGAUCUAUGUUUGGAUGGCGACCCUGACCUGUUGAGCGCAGAGCAGAAGCAGGUGGGCGGGUUGGCGUGGACAGUUUACGGGACCUACUGGACUGCUGUGGGCGGAGUGCUGGCAGCUUCUGUCCUGAUGUCUCUGCUCCUCAUGCAAGCCUCUAAGAACGUCUCUGAUUGGUGGCUGUCUCACUGGAUAUCAGAGCUGAGGAACAACGGGUCUGCUUCCACAAACAGCUCCUCCUCCUUCUUCGGCGCCUUCAUCUCACCUCACCUGCUGCUCUUCUCACCCGGAGUGCUAGUGUCUCCUCUCUCCCCCUCGCUCCAACUGUUCCCUAACUUGAGCUCCAAUGUGAAGUUCUACCUGAUGGUGUACGGCUCCAUCGGCGCAUCAAACACUGUCUUCACCGCAAUUCGAGCUUUCCUCUAUGCAUACGGGACCAUCUGUGCCGCCAAGACCAUCCACAACAGGCUGCUGGACCGGGUCCUGAAGGCCACGGUGACCUUCUUCGACACCACCCCGAUGGGUCGCGUUCUGAACCGCUUCUCCUCGGACCUGUACAGCGUAGACGACAGCCUUCCCUUCAUCCUGAACAUCCUGCUGGCCAACGUCUUCGGCCUGCUGGGGAUGCUGGUGAUGAUAUGUUACGGCCUCCCCUGGGUCCUCGUGCCUCUGCUGCCCCUCGCUCUGCUCUACUACCAAACGCAGCGCUUCUACAGACACACGUCCCGCGAACUGAAGCGCCUGAGCAGCCUCACGCUGUCGCCCGUCUACUCUCACUUCUCUGAGACGCUGACGGGGCUGGGGACCAUCCGGGCCAGCGCCAGCACGGCCAGGUUUCAGGAGGAGAACGCCAGACGUUUGGAGAUGAACCAGCGCUGCUUGUUUCUCAGCACUGCAGCCGCGCAGUGGCUGAACAUCCGGCUGCAGCUGAUCAGCGUUGCAGUGGUGACCGGUCUGGGGGUGAUUGCUGUCGUCCAGCAUCAGUACAGCUCUGUGGAUCCAGGUCUGGUGGGUCUGUCCCUGGCCUACGCUCUGUCCCUCACCAACCUGCUGGCCGGCCUCAUCUCCAGCUUCACGCAGACUGAGAUGCAGCUGGUGAGUGUGGAGAGGACGGAGGAGUACUCUACCGGACUACCCAGCGAGCCUCUGGAGCAGAACUCACAGCUGCCUCCGUCGUGGCCCGAGCAGGGCUGGCUGGAGUUCCACGAUGUGGUCCUGGCUUACAGAGAGGGUCUACCUAACGCUCUGGAUGGGGUGAGCCUGGUGGUGCGGCCCGGGGAGAAGGUGGGCGUCGUGGGACGCACCGGCUCCGGGAAGUCGACCCUGUUCCUGGCUCUGUUCAGGAUGGUGGAGCUGAACCAGGGCCGGAUUCUCCUGGACGGACUGGACAUCGGCACGGUGGGCCUGGCUCAGCUCAGGUCCAGAUUAGCCAUCAUCCCUCAGGAUCCCUUCCUCUUCAGCGGGACCGUCAGGGAGAAUCUGGACCCGUGUGGGCGACACAUGGACCUGCAGCUGCUGGAGGUCCUGGACCAGUGUCACCUGAGCGCUGUGGUCCAGAGGACAGGUGGUCUGGAUGCUGAGGUUGGAGAAAGAGGGAAGUCCUUCUCUGUGGGUCAGAGACAGCUGCUGUGUCUGGCCAGAGCUCUGCUGACUCAGGCUAAGCUCCUGUGCAUCGAUGAAGCCACCGCCAGCGUGGACCAGAAGACGGACAAACUGCUGCAGCAGACCAUCAGAGAGACGUUCAAGGACAAGACCGUCCUCACCAUCGCGCACAGGAUCAACACCAUCAUGGACUGUGACCGGGUGCUGGUGAUGCAUGCUGGGAAGGUGGUGGAGUUCGACACCCCGGCUGCUCUCUGCCAAACCGACCACUCCAUCUUCCAGAGGCUGGUCGGUCAGAGAGGAGAGUCCAGAUGACUGAAGUGACUCCGUCAGAGGGAACAUAACCCAAAAGGACAAAUGGAUUUUUUUUAGAUUUCCAUCCUGGAGGAGUCUGUGGAGAAGUUGCUUUUUUUUAGCAUCGUCCUGAAAAACUUUAAAUGCACAAACUUAAAAAACACUUCUAGCUGAGAGGCCGUGAGCGCUUUUCUCCUGAUUAUUUGUCUUUAUAAGAUCAAGGGGUUUGGAUUUAUAAGUGAUAGUAUGAAGUUUAUGACAUUUAGUUUCUUUAAAUUUAUCAUUUUACAAUGUAAUGUGAUUCUGGCAUGUUUUCUUGAACCUUUAAAGCUAUAUCCGUUACCAUACUUUAGCUUUAAAGCUCCUGUAAGGAGUUUUUAACUGGAUAUGAAACAGACUGAAAUCAACAAUGAUGCCUCUUUAUGGCCUGCAAAAACAAACAAGACCAUUAUCUUCAAGGCUUAGGGUGCCUAACCAACAUGCCUAACCCUAACCGUCAGUGGGCUAUGUCCCUAAACCUAACCUUUGGUCAUACUCGCAGUGUAUCCCCUCGCCUAAACCCUAACCACUUAGACUUUAUGCCUAACCCUAACCCUUGGUAUUCGUUAGUGGACUAUGUCCCGAACUGUAACCACUAAGACUUUAUGCCUAACCCUAACCCUUGGUAUUUCAGAGAGGACUAUGUCCCUAACCCUAACCACACAGACUUUAUGCCUAACCCUAACCCUUGGUAUUUCAGAGAGGACUAUGUCCCUAACACUAACCACUCAAACUUUAUGCCUAACCCUAACCUUGGUAUUCGUGAGUGGACUAUGUCCCAAACCGUAACCACUAAGACUUUAUGCCUAACCCUAACCACUCAGACUUUAUGCCUAACCCUAACCCUUGGUAUUUCAGAGAGGACAAUGUCCCGAACCCUAACCACUCAGACUUUAUGCUUAACCCUAACCACUCAGACUUUAUGCCUAACCCUAACCCUUGGUACUUGGAUGGUGGGUAUUUAAUACAAAAGUCAGUGGACUUCCUGACCUAAUGAUAAUACAGAGGGUAUGGAAGGCUUCGGGAGGGGGGUAGGCUUCAGUUACAGCAACUAUAGCACAGCUUUUUAUGCUCUUUUUUUACAGGUAACAAUCCCAGUGAGUGAUACAUCUCACUGUUGAAAGAAAGCAGGACGAGACGCUCGAAAAGAGUACUCACACGUGUAUAGAACAAAAUCAGCAAAGAUGUGCAGCACACUCUUUUGUCCACAGGGGGCGCCAAAUCCACACAAACAGAAAGUUCCUCACAGGAGCUUUAAAGUCAACGUUUUUAUGGAGCGUCGUUGUCGUAGCAGUUUAAGGGCUGGUUCGCCUUCAGGCCUCGACCCUCUGCUGCAUGUCUUCCCGCGCUCUCUACUCCCGAUAUUUACCGUCUCGCUUCAGAUGUCCGAUCUAAUAAAGCCGAAACUUCCCAAUUUAAAUAUUCUGCAAUUAUUCCUUUUAAUAAAACACUACAAACAGGCAGACGGCCUUUUGUAAGUCGCUCUAAACUCACGCAGUCCAUCAGCGAGUUAACUUUUCAUUGUCUUGAUUAGCUUCUUCUUAAAGGGGCGGUAGUUGCACUAAGAUUUGUACGUUUUAGAAGUAACUUAAAAUUAAGUAAUAUGUGAUUGCAAACUCUUCGUUGGCUGCUUCAAAACAUUCAGAGGAACAUUGUUCUCACUUUUCUUCCAUUUACACCAAAGCUUAUACAGUUACAAAGUCGAGGAAAGCAAAACUUGAUCUUGACACAAACGACUAAAGGAGCAAUGCAGCUAUUUUAAAGCCUGGUUUGAGUACACUGGAAUUCCUCCUUUAUGUACAUUAAGAAAUGUUAAACAGAGUGUGUGUUGCUGCUCUGUGUUUUAGUUCUGCAAAGAUUAUAAUAAUAUCUACAGAGGGUGGUUGAACUGAUAUAACCUUUUUUUUUGGACUGUAGUAAAGGAGAGGGGAUGAAGAAGUUUACAAAUGUUGGUUUUAGUCAGGGAUCAUUUGGGAAAGGUCUGAAACUGUGAGUACCGUCAGACAGAUCGCCUGACUUUAACCGCCUCCGUUAUGACGACAUUAUUCUGUUACGUUAGAGGGAAGUAUACUGAUGAUAAAGUGAAACUCAAUGCCAGUAAGUGAAAACAGUUAAAGGAAAUUUCACCAGAUCUCUAUCAGGUCCAUCACAGCACAGGAUCUGAUAGGUUUCUAUUCUAGUCAAUGUGUUAACUUCCACUGGAUCUGCUCAGUUGAGUUCCGGCUGCGUCUCUGAUCCGGCAGGUCGGAGCCCAUCGGAUCAGAUACGCAAGACUUCUGACAGGAAGUCAGGUUUCACCAAAACAAAAUGAAAACAUCCGGUUAAUUUUCAGAAUAAAACACUCUGUGUUAUCACCAGAUCGUAUUUCACUUAACUACAACAACAAACCAAAGUCAUGAUGAGCGGAGCCAGGCCUGGAGUCAACAGGUAAGAGGUUUUCAGAGGACCAGAAAGACAACAUGGAUGAGGAGAGGAGGAGGAGGAGAAUCCUUUAUUCAGUGAUUAAAAAACUCUGUUGCAUGACUCCAGCUGUCCCUCUGUCCUGGAGCCGGACCGCGGUGAUUCAGAGACGGACCGGACACGGAUCUGGUGGAAGUCCGAAGUCUCGAAAAGAUUUAAAAUCAAACGUCAUGUCUUAUUUGAACACCAUAUGAAACCGUCCUCUUCAGGUGGCAAUAAACUUACAGAUUUUAUGUGUUUAGAUAUUUUAAGGUCAUUCUUUAAGUGUUAUAAUCCACACAUGCGUACGUUAGAAGCCUUUAAAUACUGACCCUUAAAACUGAAAGUAAAUAUUUUGAAGCUCUACGCUGUAAAGUUGUAAUUAACUACGGCUAUUGAAGCCCUGAUUCAGCUUCGUGUUGAUUUAAGAGCAAAAUCUGAUGCUAUUGGAUUCAACAUUUUCAUAAUUGAUGCGACUUACUAAACAGGUUUAUUGGUUUUUGUGUGAAUCAUGACAUACUGUGUGUUGGGUGUUCCUCAGGGAAGCGGUUUGGGUCCCCUCAUGUUUUUGUUUCGUGUGUUUAUUGGUUGAUAAUGUUGGAUGAACAACUUUGAUAUGUUAAAAAAAAAAUACUCUUCUUGUCUCUUGGCAGCAAAUAAAUGAUGGUUAUGGUUUCUGUAAUUUAUUGUAAGUAUCACAGCAUUGUGUUUUGGUUUUUUAUUUAAUACGAAGUUUUGCCUUUCGUGAAGAGAGAUGGCCUAACAUCUUCUGACAUCAUUGGCUCGACGUAAAACUCCACUGAGCCCGCUUUUGUAUCUGCAGAAAAGAUAUGUGAUCAAACAUUUUAUAUAAAUCAUCUCGGCAGGAGCUCUUUAUUUUACUUUUUUGUUGUUUUUGUGCAUAAAGUACUUUCUGAUCAAAAGUACUCCUUGGUUAUUAAACUCUCGCUGGCAAUAAAUCAGAUUCUUUCGUAAUGAAA